AUGGCCCUCCGUCUCGCCAUCGACUGUCUCUGUGGCGCUGUCGCCCAAAAUGUCACCACCAGCUCGACGUCUGAUUCGUCCGUCGUCCCACUCGCACUGUGCCACUGCACUGCCUGCCGCCACUCCAGCGGCCUGCUUUGCACGUCGUACUGUCCGAUAGAGCCGCCUGCUGCUGCCGACCACAUUCUCGCAUCCUUGUCCGCCUAUGCUUCUUCUGCUGCUGUCACCAGGUACUUCUGUCGCACCUGUGGCUGUCAUGUCUUCCGUCGGGAUCGAGGAGCGGACGAAAUUGUCCAGUGGCAAGUAGCCACUGGUGUCAUCGUCGAGGAGAUCGGAGAUGCUGCUUCUUCUGACAGACCUGCCACCCUGGCAUUUGUCCGUCAUGACCACGUCACCGACACGCAGGACGGCGGUCUGGCCGUGUGA